AUGGUUAAAUCGAUAUUUAACACCCCUCCAAAACCACCACCACCAUCGUCAAAUGAUAAUUCUUCGAUGAGAAAAUCAAAGAAAAUUUUAAAGGAAAAAACUAACGAUGAUGAAACGGAAAAGGAAACGUUGAAGAAAAAAAAAAGAGGAAGAAAAUCACGUUCGAUUUCUCCAAAUGAGAAAAUUUCAAGUUGUAAAUUUCAAAUACACGAAGAUGAUAAUGAAAAAAUGGAAAAAAAUUUAAAAAUGUCGAAGGAAAAUAAAAAACAAGAAACUGUUAAAAAAACUCGAAAGAGUACGGAAAAAUCUCGUCGUUCGGAUAUACCAAAAAUUAUCGAAACGAAUGUCGAAGAUACAUUAAAUAAUAAUAAUAAUGUUUUGGAUGAAUCGUCAACGAUGGAAAAUGAGGAGAAGAAGAAGAAGAAGACACCGAGUCCAGGAUCAUCAAUGGAAAAAAAAUUUAAAUUGGAAAAAGAUAUGGUAUUACUCGAAAGCAUAUUUCCAAAUAUCGAUCGAGAUUUUUUAAAAGCUCAAUAUAUUAAAAUGAAACGUUCGGUCGAGAGUACCGUCAAUUUAAUAUCGAACAAUAGGAAAACGUUCGACGAAAGUCCAGAAUUUAAUAUACCGAACGAUUGCGAACGAGUUCAGGGAUUGAUUAGAAAAUACACGACGAAUUUCGAUUCCCGUGAAUUUAUUAAAAUGAUACCGGAUCCCUGGAAUUAUUUUUUAAAUACCGAAUCUCACAACUCCAUAAGUCUAUAUAGAGCUUAUAAAGAAUUAUCGGAUAAAAGAAAACAUAAAAUGUAUAAAAUGAGAACGAGCGGAAGAAAACACGAAGAAGAAAUAAAAGAAAUGAUAAAAAAAUUAGAUUUGGAUAGAUUUAAAGAAAUUAAAUUGAAAAUGAAUGUUGGGGGAACGUUAAAAAAAUGUCAAUAUUGUCCGAAUAAAAAUUUAUUAUGGGAAAAUUUAACUUGUUGUUACGGAAAUCACGUCAUUUGUCAACAAUGUCUGAACAAUCAAGUACGUACGGAAAUUGCAAAUAAAAAUUUCGAAUUAAAAUGUCCACUCUAUUGCGACGAAUAUUUACAAAUAGAUAAUUUAAAGAAUUUAUUAGAUCCGAAUUUAAUGGCGAUAAUAAUAAGAAGAAAACAAUAUGAAGAAUUGUCGUCUGCUGGUAUCAAAAACCUUUUGUACUGUCCGAGUUGUUAUCAUUUGAAAAUAUCAAAACCUCAAAAGGAUCAAAAAAUUUUUUACUGUGUCAAUCCGGCUUGCAUGAAAGAAUCUUGCCUGUGA